UGACUGUAUCUUUCUCCAAUUCCUCUAUUUCCAGUAAAUCAUAAUCAGGUAAUACCUGACAAGCUGGCUUACCAGAAAUGGACUUGCAUCUACACCAACACUUGGUUCAAGCUCUAGAGCUUCUCUUUCUACUCUCUAUUCUCCAUUCUCUCUUUCUUUUUCCUUUCGCUUCUUCUGAAAUUUUCUUUGAAGAGCGCUUUGAAGAUGGGUGGAAGGAUCGGUGGGUGUUAUCGGACUGGAAGAGAAGUGAAGGAAAAGCUGGUACGUUUAAACACACAGCUGGGAAAUGGCCUGGAGAUCCUGAUGAUAAAGGUAUUCAGACAUACAAUGAUGCUAAGCAUUUUGCCAUAUCUGCAAAGAUACCAGAAUUCAGCAACAAGGAUAGGACUCUAGUUGUCCAGUUCUCUAUUAAAUUUGAGCAGGACAUCGAAUGUGGUGGUGGUUACAUUAAACUUCUUUCUGGUUAUGUAAAUCAGAAGAAAUUUGGUGGUGAUACUCCAUACAGUUUUAUGUUUGGACCUGAUAUUUGCGGCACACAGACGAAAAAGCUCCAUGUUAUACUCUCUUACCAGGGACAGAAUUAUCCCAUAAAAAAGGAUAUACAGUGCGAAACUGAUAAGCUCACUCAUUUCUAUACCUUUAUACUUGGGCCUGAUGCAUCUUAUACUAUCUUAAUUGAUAAUCGAGAAAGAGAAUCUGGAAGCGUGUACACAGAUUGGGAUAUACUUCCUCCAAGGAAAAUCAAAGACACGAAAGCAAAGAAGCCAGCAGACUGGGAUGAUAGAGAAUAUAUUGAUGAUCCUGAUGAUGUCAAACCAGAGGGAUAUGAUUCUAUUCCAGCUGAGAUUCCUGAUCCUAAGGCUAAAGAGCCUGAUAACUGGGAUGAAGAGGAGGAUGGGAUAUGGAAGCCACCCAAGAUACCAAAUCCAAAAUACAAAGGACCAUGGAAAAGAAAGAAAAUAAGGAACCCCAACUACAAGGGGAAGUGGAAGACUCCAUGGAUUGAUAAUCCAGAGUUCGAAGAUGAUCCUGACCUUUAUGUGCUGAAGCCUAUAAAAUAUGUUGGUAUAGAAGUAUGGCAGGUGAAGGCUGGUUCAAUUUUUGACAAUAUAUUGAUUUGUGAUAACCCAAAAUAUGCAAGACAAAUUGUACAAGAUUUCUGGGCCAAUAAUAGAGAGCUCGAAAAAGAGGCCUUUGAGGAAGCAGAGAAAGUGAGGAGAGCCCGUGAAGAACAGGAAGCUCAAAGAGCACGAGAGGAAGGUGAGAGGAGGAGGAAAGAAAGGGGGCAUCGAGAGAGGAAGCAUCGUAGAAGGUAUGAUCCUCACUACGAAGACGAUUACCAUGAUGAAUUUUGAAGUAAUGAGGGUGCUUACACUGUAUCUUGCAAUUUUAGAAAAAAAAAAAAAAAAUUUCUUUAUGUGAAAAUGAAAGUACGUCUUGUAAUAUGAUCUGGUUGUAUAGAUGAUGUUGUUGUAAUAUUCAAAGUCAAAACCCCAUUUAAUUUCCCAAAGUUGACUUUCUGAUGGACUCCAUUAACAGUGAACUGGAUGGACAGUUUUGAGGUUGAAUCAAUAAAUUCUAAGCUUUGAAUA